AAUUUUCUAAUGUUAAUACUCCUUUUAUAAAAUUUUUAAGUGUCAUAAAAUGACACUGUUACCUUAGUAAUAAGAUAAUACUGACAAGUCUUCUUUUUCAUUUAAACAGAAAAAGGUUCAGGAGCUAAAUCAGAACUUGUUUCAUAAAUAGAUUUGGAUUAUUUCAAUUUCAAUAAUCUUAGCUAAAAUAAGAUUCAUUAGGAAAGAAAUAUGGAAAAGGGUCUUUCCAGUGGAAUUGACAUCCAACAGUGCUGCCCUUUUUAUUUCAUUGUUAUGGCAAGGAAGAACAAACUGGAUUUUGUUAAUAAACUAGCCAGACUUCUAUAUCUUCACCAGAAUGUUUUCUCAUUGUUCAUGAAAAAAAUUCAAUACUUGAGACAUCCUAAUGUCAUACUGUGAACAUGUAUUCGAGGACUGUUUUAUGUAGGUGAAAUUAGCUUCUAAUUUAUAUUCCCUCUCUGCCUUUCCCAGGUUGAAUUAAUGUUCACCUGCUGUUUCCAGCAGAUUUAUUUUAUAUACCUGAAAUUAUGGUGAAAACUCCUCUGGCCUGUCUUGAAGUGUUUUUCCUGUAUUUUGAGGGUUGGGCCAGUGUACCUUGGCAAAUGUAGUCAUUGUCAUUUGCUGAGUUCAGGGGUGUGAUCUUUGACAGCCACAUUGACAGCUCGUGCUUUCCUGGUGUGCAGUUGCUCCCAGUAGAUUUACAGAUUAAGUUUUUAAAAUAUUAAAGGAAAAUUCCUUUCUUAGUGGCUGUUAGUGAGAUCUGUAGCAGUAUCACACCCAGCACAUGGACAUUCCCAGUCCCUGUACUUACUCCUGUCCUGGACCUCCUGUGCUCUCAGCUGGCUCAGGUCCCAGUCUGCCUUUUGGAGUUUCACCCUCUCAUGUACCUCCACUUGCAUGUCUUCACGCUCCACCAGACUUCUGUGUUUAUUUAGGAAGGCUCCUUGCAAAUGAGUUUCUUGUUUCUUAACCAUUCAUCUGCUGCCACUCUUGAUUCCUGGAUGUAGCGAACGUCAGUCAAUGUCAGAACAACCUGUUGGGAUAUAACAUAGGGAUUGUGGUUUAAAGGAAAUAAACAGCUAAUCUAGAUGGCUUUUGUGAAACAAAGAUACUGUUUUCCUGUAAAUAUGUAGAGAGCAAAGAAAGAUAAAGACAAGAUCUCUGAAUGCCUGCAGUUAGGUAUCAGCUGUUUUUUAUAUCCUUUCCCUUGUUUUGUUUGCUGUUCAUCAUGCCUCUAGGGUUGAUUUGGAGACCUGAUCUGAAGGACAAGGAUAUAGCAAAUCUUGACUGGCAUCCCUCAGUUGUGUUUACUUAACCCCAGAAGUCAUGUUCUAUCCCAGUGUACUCACAGUCUUCCUUACAAACUCUAAACAAAAAUGAAAAUGGGAUUGGUUUGGCCUGUUGUGUUAGUUGUUGAUUUUUUUUUAGUUUGUGAUUUGUUUAUCAUUUGUUGUUUUGGUUUUUUUUCCCCUAGAGAAUUUUGUCUCAAAGUUUAAGUAGUUUGAGUGACUGUUCCAUUCUGAGUUCAUUCUGUUCCAUCAAGUUCCAUUUGCAGUUGAAUUCCUACUUCAGGAUUCAGAGUACACUCACAAGCUACACAAUAUAUGAUUAUCAAAUGUAAAUUUAGCCACUGGAAGCUGUUUCACGUUUGCUUCUUUAUAUAUGUGCAGAUGUACGGAGCCCAGCAGCACUUGUUACAGACUCACAUUAAACUAUGUUUCAAGGACAAGAGCAAAUGUUUGAGAAGACUUUUAUUAUUUUUACUGCUAGGAUUCCAAGAAGAAAAUUUUCUUGACCUCGUCUGGGUGGUUCUUGAGGAUGGCAAGCAAAGGACCCACGACUUCUGCAUCGACGAAGAGCUCCAGUACUGGAGGGACCAGUGGCAGCAGUAGCAGCAAUGGUUCUGGGGACAACACUAAUCAGGACAACACUUUUGAAUGCAACAUCUGUUUAGACACUGCUAAGGAUGCAGUUAUCAGCUUGUGUGGGCACCUCUUCUGUUGGCCUUGUUUACACCAGUGGCUAGAGACCAGGCCAAACAGACAAGUGUGUCCUGUAUGCAAAGCAGGAAUCAGUCGAGAUAAAGUUAUUCCUCUGUAUGGAAGAGGCAGCACUGGGCAACAGGACCCCAGAGAGAAAACUCCGCCACGACCCCAAGGACAGAGACCUGAACCAGAGAACAGAGGGGGAUUCCAGGGCUUUGGGUUUGGUGAUGGUGGCUUCCAGAUGUCAUUUGGAAUUGGGGCGUUUCCCUUUGGUAUAUUUGCAACAGCCUUCAACAUAAACGACGGGCGACCUCCUCCAGCUGUUCCAGGGACUCCUCAAUAUGUGGAUGAGCAGUUCCUUUCCCGCCUCUUCCUGUUUGUGGCACUGGUGAUAAUGUUCUGGCUGUUGAUUGCAUAAGUCUUUUCCAUUAUUCUAUAUACUCAUGACCAACAAGGCCACUGAAACAGUUACAAACUGCAUCCCCAUCCCAUUUUAAACCUCUUGGUGUCUGGUUCCAUAGCUAACUAUGGGCUUCAGGAGUUGGUGGUACCACAGCACAAUGAGGAAUCUCACAUUUUGCACCAGAGUUGGGAAUUAAAACAUUGGUUUAAAAGUGUAUUUCAUCUCAGAUAUCUUGUACAGGUUCCUGCCACAAACCAUGGGCCUAGCGUUGAGCUGCACUCCGAGAGGGAGUGCUGCUUUGAAAUCCUGUGCCAAUCAGUGACACCAGGUCUGUGGGAUAGACAGUUAUCCCAAGGUAGACUGGGCAGGUAAGGAAACCUCCAGUGUGACCAGUAUCUCCUGCUUUGCAACCACGAUGGAUCUGCCAGAGCUGCAGAUGUUAUUUAAUGUCUCCAUCAACAUCGACCUUCUCCAGGAAAUCAUCUGCAGCACUGCUGAGACUGUCUGGGGCACAGCACGUGAUGCAAACGGAACCAGGUCUGGAGACUGGUUUCUUUUCCGUCUGUUAUUUCCUGGUGUGGUGGAAAACCCUUCCUGAUGGUUCUGAUGGCUGUUAGAAGAAGGGAUACAAAUUUAUGCUGCAAUUUUCUAAAGCCUGAGCAUGCUGGAGCCAGACACUGGAAGAUUCUCUGGCCAUGAAGCCAGGUGGGGCUGCCGGACCCAGCCCAGUUCCUCACUGACAAACAGUGUUGUCUUCCCCAGCUCUGUGCAGCACCUGUGGCUGCACUCAUGGAUAAUCCCCUCACAAUCUCGUCACUGUAGCGACAUUUAUCUUUCCCAAGGCUUUGAGACUUUCUACACAAGGUCAUGUACUCCAGAUAAAAUCCUAUUACAGAUCUGAGAUCAGCUUGUUUGGGGAGAGGAAGAAAAAGCAUCUUUACGUGAGUUUUGAGGUAAAACUUGUCAUACUGUAAAAUUACACAGGAGGAGAUGUGAGACCCUGCCUUUGCCAGCACAUGUUCAGUAGGGAACAUUUGGAAGACCUUCUCUCUGCAGGUGCACACAGACCUUCUCCUGUGCCACAGCAGAACCACUACAGCGCAAGAGUCUCUGCAGUAUCUACCAAAGAUUUUAAUUUGAAGUGCUGGAGGAGACCACAACCAUUAACGUGCUGAGGGGAUAUUUCAGAAGGUGAGCACGCUGCAGCCACUUUGGAAUCUUGUUGGGUAUUCAGCUUUAAAGAGUACUCCUGAUGUAUUGGUUUAGAUUCCUUCGAAACAGGUACGAGAGAUUCCCUAGCAAGAUGAACAGUUCAUAUUUCUCUGAAAAUGAACUAGGCAAUUCCGUUUUUUUUUCUCUUACUGUUUUUAGAUUUUUUGAUUCAGGUCACUCAUAGUCAUAAUGAUUUCCUGCAAGAUGAAUGUUGUGACUUCCCUGGCAGUAGACAGAAAACUGAUAAAUCAAUUAAUAGAAACUUUUUUUUCAAUAGCUUGGGAUUUUUUAGCAUAUGGAAGAGUUUCCUGGGCAGGACACCUUUAAUUAAUUGUUAUAGAAGUUUAUUUAUGUAAUUAUAAACUGUUCCCUUUUAGUGUCAAGGCAGAGGAUGACUGAAGUUUAACUUGCCUACCUCCAAAAUCCCAUCUGGCAAGUAGAAUGUUGCAAAGCUUCUGCAGUGUUUUGUCAUGUCAGAUUUGUGCCUGACUCGAUGAUAAUCUGACAGAAUAUGUUGCUCAACUAUUUAUAGUUGAGGUGGUGCUCCAGCUUUUGUUGUGCGACACUUGUGAGAAGCUGAACUUUAGUAUAGGGUUCUUCUCAAGUGCAUAAUUUGGUAACUGGGGCCCUUCCCAGGAGAAAGGCUGGUGUUGUUUGGUUGUCCUACAAUGUCACAGCUUUGGGUUGCUCUCCUGCGCAGUCAGCACCACCUGCUGAUGAGAAGGGAAGGUUCAUGUGACAGUAAGGGACGGAUUCCUCCUUCAUUUGUACGGAAAAACUUCGUACUGAGAGGUUAUGCAGGGAGAAGGGUAGCCCGUUGAAGCCUUUAUCCCAUAAAGAGGAUAGAGAAGUGACUGCAAUUGAUUCAAGUGGUACUGAAAUAUAAAGUAAUACAUUUACAAAGCAGAAUUUUAAUGGAUUGGGGGGUUUUUCCAUCUAGGAGUGAGAGAGAUAAUGGAUUUAGAGAAGGCUGCAGAAACAUGGCUGAGAGCUCUUAUUUUCCGGCAAUUCAAGGAUCAAAUAGUCUAAAAGUGUUAACGCUUGGUUCCCCCUUUCCCUGGUGUGCUUUUGUAUGUACCCCUGCCCCGUAACCCGACCGCACACGGCUCGGACGGCUCGGUUAGUGCGUUACCGUUCCUCCUCACUAAUUUUCACUGUUGUGAAAGUGAUUUAGAAUUAAAAAAUGGUUUUACAUUGA